UUUCCCGGAUAAAGUUGCAUUAGAGGAGCUUGUAUGAGCAGCGUAAUUAGUUAUAUAAUUAUUUUUUUAUGUGGGGAAAGUUUGUCAAAGUGAGUGAUAGGAUUAAAGAAGGUAGGUGUCCUGGACGAUGCAAUGUCCGCAUUGGCUUUCGGCGAGAGGAGCAGCGCGAGCCGCCCGCAUCCUGCGCAGGAGUGGGGGUAUUGGGGGGGGGGAUUGUGCCGUUCGGUUAUACGGCACACAAGCCCCGUCCGAGCUCUGCUGGGUUCAGAAGCGGAGAAAUGGAGAUUCAACUCCCGGCCGAGACGCCUAAUUAAAUAAAUGAAAACCGCGCAGCUUCGCCGCUGAAUCAAAUGCGUCAGCAGGUCGAAGCUUUUUUUUUCCUUCUUUUUGACCAUGACUCUGCUUAAGUGGACCUCCUUCACAUAAACGCCAGUGUUUGCCGAUUGAUUUCUGCCUGACAUUAAUAACUUAGACGUUUUUAGCUCUCUGCUCGAAGGGGGAGGUUUGUGUGACAGUAUACUUGGGGCUGAUCGCACCCUUAUCGCCUCCUCUAUUACACUUGCGGGCCUGAGAUUAAUUUUAAGGAGCCAUGGAAGUUUGCAAAGGUCGUUUACUGGGCAUUUCGGUGGCAGUCGCGCACGGAUUUUUCUCGGGAUCGUUAAACAUUUUGUUGAAAUUUCUCAUAACGACUUACAGCUUCAGGUACAUCACGCUCAUACAGUUCCUGACCAGCGGCACUGCGGCGCUGUCCCUGGAGCUCCUCCGGAGGCUCGGCAAAGUGGACAUACCUCCCUACAGCUUCAAUUUAGCAAAAGUUUUCGCCAGCGUGUGCAUCCUGUCCACGCUACAAUCAACACUAACUCUUUGGUCCCUGAGGGGACUGAGUCUCCCUAUGUAUGUGGUUUUUAAACGCUGUUUGCCUUUAGUCACUCUAAGCAUCGGCGUCUGCGUCUUGAAAAACGGGAUCCCGUCCAUUGGAGUGAUAACGGCGGUGCUGAUCACGACCGGAGGAGCCGCGUUAGCCGGAGCCGGAGACCUUACUGGGGACCCUUUUGGCUACGUGACUGGUGUCCUGGCUGUGAUCAUCCACGCGUUGUACCUGGUGCUCAUUCAGAAGACCAGUGGAGACAGUGACUACGGCCCGCUGACGGCUCAGUACGCCAUCGCCGUCACGGCGACGCCGGUGCUGUUGAUAUGUUCGUUCAUCAGCAUGGACGCCGUACACAUGUGGUCAUACUCCGGCUGGAACAAUCCGUACAUCACCUCCCUCUUCAUGACCUCCAUCUUUAUCGGCUGCGCCAUGAACUUCACCACCCUCCACUGCACCUACAUCAACUCGGCCGUCACCACCAGUUUCGUGGGAGUGGUGAAGAGCAUCGCCACAAUCACCGUGGGCAUGCUGGCUUUCAGCGACGUGGAACCCACUAACCUCUUCGUGGCCGGGGUCGUGGUCAACACCGUGGGCUCCAUCACCUACUGUGCCGUGAAGUAUUUUGAGACCAAGAAGAAAAGUAACUACCAGGACCUGGAGGCGAGUAGCAAGGACCAGGAGCUGCCUGGAGAGCCUUACACUGAAGAGAAGAAGCCAAGCGGGGACACGGGGGACCAAUCGGGUGACGUUGUUGGCGUGACCGACCAAACAGAGUGUCCCGUGACAGAAAACGGCAUAACAGAAUCCAUCGAGCUGCAAAACUGGGUCAACCGUCCCAACGGUGAAACGAACAGCACGUCUUUCAGUGACACUUACGCUGGAGUGUGGCGCUCAAUUCGCAACGCCAAGUUCUUCAAGAAGGACACGUUGAUUGACAAUGAGGAGCUGCAGAGCCCCUGAUGUUAAAUCUUUCAAUUUUGAAAGGAUGCAUGUUCUGUUAUCGUCAUUUUUGGAAUGACUGGUCUGUCAGUAACCUGGGCUAUAUAGUUUUUUUUUGUUUUUUAUCUUCACCGGUUUAUACAGUGCUGCAUAUUUUUUCAAAAGUCUGACUCUUUGUAUUCACUGCAAGGAGGGGGGGGGGAAACAUUUUAUACUGAAAUAUCAGUCAGAAAUUUCAAAUGCUUUUUAAAAACGAGAUAAUUAUAUGAUAAAGAAAACAAAGGUAUCAUCUGUUCCUCCAUGGGGUAUGAAUUUAGGAAAUAGACUUUUAAAUAAAACACUUGCAUAAUAUGUUUACAUGGGAAAUUCAAUUGGACAUACAGGCAUGCAAAAUGCACUGACAUGUUAAGUUUUUUUUUUUUUAAUUGUUAAUGUACUGCAUGUAAAUGCCUGACAAGGAACUUGAUAUUAUAGUUUUGGACAAAUAAAGAGCAAUACUGACCCCAGAAUUAAUGUAUAAUUAAAUGGAAACAGACUCAUGUUGAAGUAAAUCUGUACUGGGAUGCUGCUCUCAUUUCUGGGUCUCUGAUAUCGUGAUAUAUGUUGACUAUUUGAUGUAAUGUUCAUUUUCUGUGUGUUUCUGAUAUUUGUGGACCAGGAUAAUUGAUAAUCAAACAUCACUGGCACAAUGAUUUAUUUUUACAAAACAAUAUUAAAGUACAAUUUUAAUGUCC